AUGUAUGAGCCCAACCACAACCCCAAACAGGCACUAGAUUGGACUCCCCAAGGAAAAAGGAAACAUGACCGCCUUAAGCAGUUCUGGCGACGCUCAGUGGUGGCCGAGGAACGACCUAUUGGAUUGACGAGGUCCGAAGUUAAGUGGACGCACUCUGCCCCAUCUAGGGAAUAUAGGAAAAUAACUCAAGUCAAAUCAUACUGUAUACGUCCAGACGCCAGAUCCUCAAAAGAUCUUUCGCCUGUAUUCGAUUCUUGGACCGAAUAUUAUUGUAUAUAUUUUUAUUAUGAAACAUAA